AUCAAAUCAAAUUAUUUUAUUGAUUUUUUAUUUGUGUUUUAAGUCAUGGUCUGUAGUAAUGAUUUAUUUUAAGAUUAUUAUAAUGUAACCCAGGUAUUGGCUGUUGUAUUUAUAAAUGUUGUUAUGUAUUUUUAUGUCACUAUAUGAGGUUACUAUAAUGUUGUACUGACUUGUAAAAGAGCCCUUGAGGCCGUAUUUGCAGAAUAUUUUUUUGAAUUUUGGUGUAUGUAACAACCGAGACCAAGUUCCUAGUUGCAUCCUGUCGCUAUAUUGAAAGAAUCGUUACCACUAGACCCAUCAUUUAGCAUUAAUUAUAUAUAAUUUGUGGGACAUUGACAUUGAUUAUUAUUUAAAUCUUUACAAUAAGGGAUAUUACGCAAAACUGCGUAGAGGGCGCCACUACCACAUUCUGUUCUGAGAGCUUACCACGAAACACGAAAAUCGAAAUUUUGUUGCCUAUCUGCUUGUCUGUCACUCUUGCAUAUUCGAGCGAUAAAGAGGCCAGAUAACGAAAUUUCGAUUAUCGCGCUUCGCGGGAGGCCUAUUAAUCCUAUUAUACAAACCGCUUUGAUGCAUCAGUAUCAUAAUGAAAACUUCUCAAAAAACUGUUUAAGGCAUGGUACGUAUAAGUUACUCUAUCUUUGAAGAAAAUUGCAAUAAAACUCCCUAUUAAACUGACGAGCGUGGGUGUAGCAUAAUAAUAAUACCUUAUAUUUUUUGUAUAAUUUUUUGUAUUUAUUUUUAUAUCCAUAUUAUUAAAUCCUAGCCUAAGAUGAAAGAAAAAUAAAAAGCAGAAUAAUAAUUAUUAUUAUCCAAGGAGGCAAAUGGGGACUACGUUUUUAUGGAGAAGCGGCCGUCCCAUUUCCUAUAUGUACAGUCGCCAACAGAUUUAUCAGAGUAUCCGAGAUGCUCACAAAUAUCUUAACACUCCUCUUUUUUCAAGGCACGUUUAGAUAUUUUUGAGCACCUUGGCCGCUCCGAUAUAUCUGAUGGCGACUGUACAAGUAAGUAAUACUGUGCUGUUAUUGUGAAUCAAUCGAAUGUUUAGAAUUGCAUUCAAACCGUUACCUUUCCUGAUUAAUUAUAAUAACCCUGUAAACUUCGAUAAAAGAAUGAACACACAUUCGUUUGUUCUCCUGCUAGGGUUAAGUCGUUUUGUGUCCUACGGCAGAAAACCCGAAUUACCUGAAGAUGGAAUCUUCCCAUUCAUUGUGUAUUUCGAGUCCCGGUCGAGGGGGAUGUGUGUGGGGUCCCUGGUGUCUCGCGUUGUGGUGCUUACUGCUGCCGUGUGCGUUGCGGGCCCAAAUGGCGAAGUGCACGACAGACGGCCCGUCACCGUUGUUACUGGCACUCGCUACCGACACCCUUUGAGAGGCGUUCGGGUGCCAGUAAUAAGAGUCCUGAUGCCCAAACUUCCAGAGCACACCGAUGAAAGAAGAUACAUGCUGCAGAAGUCAGUAGCGCUUCUCCUGCUGCAAAAACGCAUUCCUGAUAUAAUGGUGGAGCACCCGCUGCGAGCUAUUGGCAUUGACUACACGGGGGAAGACCUGAUGACUAGCCAGGACGAAUGCGUCGUGGUUGGCUGGCAUUUUUUAUAUGCAGAGGAUGGGAAACUUCCAGAACAGUGGUGGCUUGUACACCGUCAGAUGCGGUACCAGGUCUUGCAGCUCAAAGAUAAGAAGGACGAUGCCUGCGCCGAACUGGUGCGUGCAUACGAGCAGACUGCGGAUGAUCUGAAGCACGUUGGAGACGUCGAUGAUGUCAUGUGUUUUAGAGACCCGAAUAAUACAGCUCAGCCUUGUCACGGUAUGUACGGAGCCCCGCUGGUGUGCGCCAAGGGCCGAGUGGUGGGGCUGCUGGCGGCGCCGUCAGCGCAGUGGAGACACUGUGACCGAAUGUCUAUCCUAGUACACAAACUCUCUAGCCACCGAAACAAGGCCUUCUUAGAGUGUUUUGAGACGUUACUUCAGCCAGAAUAUCUUAUCAAAUGGGAGCUGUUUUUGAAUAAAACAACGUGAACGCAAGAGAAAAAUACCGAGUACCUACG